ACAAAAGGGACACAAUGAAUCAGCGCUCGGAGCGACGGGGGAUCCAUGUGGACCAAUCAGAACUGCUGUGUAAGAAAGGCUGCGGUUACUAUGGCAAUGCUGCAUGGCAGGGCCUAUGUUCCAAGUGCUGGAGGGAGGAGUACCAGAGAGCUCGGCAAAGACAGAUCCAGGAGGACUGGGCUCUGGCUGAGAAGCUGCAGCGAGAAGAGGAGGCGGCUUAUGUCAGCAGUCACGGUUCCUCUCAGACCCAGCCCCCACAGUCCCACUCUCAGCACUCUCUCGCCACCUUCUCUAAGUUUGAGGAGAAGAAAACCAAUGAGAAGACCCGUAAGGUCACCACCGUAAAGAAGUUCUUCAGCCCCUCCUCCCGCACGGCCCCUAAAAAAGUCCCCCCUGAAAAAGAAAGCGAGAAACAGUGGGAAGAGGAGAAGUUGCAGGGCAGGAGGGAGAGCCAUGGAGAAAACCUCCUGAGGGAUCUGAAGGGCAUUUUUACCCAACCCUGGGAGAUGGCCUCCCCCACUGAAGCUCUGGUAUCGAGGCUGAGAGAGAGCCACGAGGGUAAAGCGCCCAGUCCCUCCAUUACCCGUCAGUCCAGCAUCGAGACUGAUCGCGUGUCACGAGACUUUGUGGAGUUCCUCAAGACCUUACAGAAGCCUGGCAGAGAGGUCCACAAGCAGAGCCGUGGUUUCAUAGAGAGUAUGGGAAAUAAAAAGGAUCUCAGUGCUGAAGAGCUGUCUGAGUGUGUGCAGGACUUUUAUCAGGGCAUGUCUGACCGACUCUUGAAUCAUUUUAAAGGCUCCUCUGAGAAAGUGGAUAGAGUAAUGGACCAAGUGGAAAAAUACAUCAUGACUCGACUCUACAAGAGUGUCUUCUGUCCAGAGACCUCAGAUGAUGAGAAAAAAGACCUGGCCACCCAGCGCAGGAUUCGGGCCUUACACUGGGUAACCAUUCAGAUGUUGUGUGUUCCUGGCGAGGAGAUCCCUGAGGUUUCGGAUAGUGUAGUCAAAGCCAUCACCGAUAUCAUUGAGAUGGACUCCAAGCGUGUGCCCAGGGAUAAACUGGCCUGCAUCACCAGUUGCAGCAAGCAUAUCUUUAACACCAUCAGAGUCACCAAGAAUGAACCAGCUUCUGCAGAUGACUUCCUACCCACCCUCAUUUAUAUUGUGUUGAAGGCGAACCCGCCACGGCUGCAGUCCAACAUCCAGUACAUCACACGUUUCUGCAACCCUUCAAGACUCAUGACGGGAGAGGACGGAUACUACUUCACCAACCUAUGCUGUGCCGUUGCCUUCAUAGAGAAGCUGGAUGCCCAGUCGUUGAAUCUCAGUCCUGAGGAAUUUGAGCGUUACAUGUCCGGUCAGGCUUCCCCUCGACGACAAGACGAUCCUGCAGCCUGGCCCCAGAGUGGUUCCCGUGUCAACCCAGCACUUAGCCAGAUCCAUCAUAACCUCAAGCUCCUAUCCAACCUUGAGAAAAGACAGCAGCAGGUCACUGAAGGGGCGCAGAACCUGCAGACCGAACUGGCAGAAUGGCAGGACAGUGUGGCCCGCGAGGUGCAGGAAAUCCUGGAGCGGUACCCACUGGAGAUCAAACCACGAGCAUCUGCGAUCGAUGCAGAGAAUGUGGAGAACGACAGGCUGCCACCACCCCUUCAGCCACAAGUGUUUGCGGGUUAGCAUCGUGUAAUGUCCUCUGGAGUGAAUAAGCCAGCGACAUGGUCGUACCAGACGGGUAAAGCAUUUUUAAAUGCAUUGGCUGCUCUUGUUCAAGUUCUCCACUCCUUCACUGUAUAUGGGCUGUUACCAUUCCAUUUGUCUUUUUAAAUUUGCUUACAGUCCCCCGUCAUAUCUUUUCUGAAAACACAUUCUUGUGUGACUACAUUUGUGCAGCUGAUUCAUAACGGACGAGGCAGACUUUGUGUUACUAAAUAA